GUGGUGUUCAGCAAGAACAGUUGUUGUAUGAGCCACACUGUCAAAUCACUCUUGUGUGACUUUGGAGUUAACCCGACGGUGUACGAGCUCGAUGAGCUCCCUGGAGGGCAAGAAAUCGAGCAAGCUCUCAUUCGGAUCGGUUGCAGCCCUGCUGUGCCUGCAGUGUUCAUCGCCGAUCAACUGAUCGGUGGCGCGAAUGAAGUGAUGA